GAUCACUAUAAUUUUGGUCAAAUUCAACUAUAUGCUGGGACAUUCUAAUUUUUUUAACCGAAUACUACCUUUUCUUUUCGAUCCGCGUAUUUGAAUUGACUUGUAGCAUAUGAGGCUAUAAAUAUGCAUCUCAUUUCAUUUCAUCUCACCCAAGGUUGUUCCAAAAAUUUGGGAGUUCGAACUUCGAACGACUCGGCGCUCCAUUCUGCCCACCGGCGGUGAUCUCCACCCCCGCGGAGAUGGGAACGGAGGCCGCAGCUCCGGCGAGGGCCAUGGGCCCCACCAAGCUCGCGUACUUCGAUGACAUGUGGGCCCUCAGCUCCACCGCCACCGUCGUCUCCCUCCUCCAGGAGGAGGGGGGCCGGCGAGCGGUGUUGGUGGACUCCACCGUCUUCUACCCGCAGGGCGGCGGCCAGCCGGCCGACACCGGCGUCAUCUCCGCUGGCGGCGGCACCAGGUUCAUCGUCGAUGAUGUGCGGAUGAAGGAUGGAGUGGUUUUCCACUAUGGGAGAUUUGAGGAUGCUGGAGAUGGAUGCAAUUCCGGGUUCAGUGAAGGGCAGAGCGUUAGCUUGGAAGUCGAUGCGGAACGCCGCAACUUAAAUUCCAGGCUUCAUUCUGCAGGGCAUUUGAUAGACAUCUGCAUGAGCAAUAUUGGCUUAUCACAUUUCGACCCUGGGAAAGGACAUCAUUUCCCUGAUGGACCUUUCGUUGAGUAUAAAGGAGUCAUUCCACCAGAUCAGUUGCAGGAUAAGAAAAACGAGUUGGAAAAAGAAGCAAAUGAGUUAAUUACUAAAGGAGCAAAAGUAUUAGCUUAUAUUUUACCUUAUGAGGAGGCAGCUCAAUUGUGUGGAGGUGCUCUGCCUAGCUACAUUUCAAAAGAUAGCACCCCUCGCAUUGUGAAAUUUGGUGAUUAUCCUGGUGGCCCUUGUGGUGGUACACAUGUUGCCGAUAUCUCUAUCAUCAACAACAUAAAGGUCACAAACAUAAGAGUCAAGAAAGGCCUCACCAAAGUCUCCUACAGUGUCAGUCUAUGAUUCUUUUUACCCAUGCAUUUGGCACCUGGAAUUUGUCAGAGGAGUGAAGAGGCAAACAUUCAGUGAAAUCAGAAGGCUGAUACCAAAUGAUUUUUUUAAAAAAUCUAUGUUUAGACAAAGAGUAAUUACAUGUAAUAUUUUGGAAAGCACUGUUAGUUCUAUGCUAAAUUUCGUGUCACAUCACUAUAUGUAACUUCCUGUACCACCAUGGACUAUAUGUGUCUUUUUCCUGAAUUAUAUCCAGGAAAUUGUACUAGAUUAGAUUUGCUGGUUUAAUCUUCAGAUUGUUGUUCUGAAUUGAUCAGUCUUCGAUGACAGAUUUUUUUUUGUGUGAA